ACCAGUUGAGCCUGCCCCGCGCCACGGCCCGCUACGUGAUCGCCGCUCCUCGUAUCACUUCGUAAACAACCACUCAAUGAACUGGUGCACUCGGCGUCCGCUAAGCAGUUGCGUCGUGAAAGUAAUAGUGAUGUAAAGUGAAACCGUUUCGCGCCAAACUUAUCAACGUGAUAUAAGGUGACGUUCAAUUUGUUUGUUAUUUAAAAGUAACAUUGCAAUAUCCAUUGAUAUUUCUUGCUCCGGUAAUGCGAGACUUACAAAGACGGCGGCCGACGAGCGACGACGCCUCUAUCGUGUUAUUGUGACAACAAAACGCUUACGUUUGUAUUUACAUUCAUAGUACAACGAAGUAUCUACAUCAAGCUCAACAGGACUUUCACUUAUUGUUAAUCAGUUAAUCAAAGGAGAACGUAUUAGAUUCACCUUGUGUUAUCCACAAUAUUACCUUGAGUUGAGUUGCGUCCGAGCCGCCGUCACUCUCGUAAUUCAUCGUUCAACUUGUUAAUGUCCUCUCGUUACUCAUUGCGAGCAAUAUUUACUGCAAAUUGGCAAUGGGUAUGGGAGGAGCCAUGGAUAGCUGCGGGCGGUGUAUGAAAUUUUCAUUAAUAUGUAUCAACGUUAUUACACUCGUGGGUGGAGCCCUUGCGCUGGGCGUAGGACUAUGGGUGUGGACAUCACGCUCAUUCUCAAGCACUUUAAUGAGCAAUAACAUGUUCAUAGCGUCUGUGGGCGUUAUAGUAGCGAUGGGUGCUGCCAUGAUGCUGCUGUCGUUCCUCGGCUGCUGCGGCGCUGCCAAGGAGGUCAAGUGCAUGCUGCUCACGUACUACAUUUUGGUGUUCAUAAUCUUCGUGGUGAUGUUGGUGGGAGGUAUUCUGCAGUUCGUGUUCCGGGAAAAGGUGUUGACCACACUGGAUCGGGAGAUGUACGCGUCGAUCCCCUACUACGGGGUUAAGCACGAGUACACAAAGGCCUGGGAUGACACGCAGUCGUACUUGCAGUGCUGCGGCGUCAAAAGCUACCGUGACUGGAACGGAAACAUACCGACCAGUUGCUGCCGCGAGAUCUACCCUGGACAGCGCCAGGAAUGCCAGUCGACCCCGAACCCAACGAAUAUGUACAUGGACGGGUGCCUCCACAAAGCCAUAGAGUUCCUGAGGGAAGACGCCGUGUACGUCGGUGCCGCCGCCAUAGUCGUAGCUGUUAUUAUGUUAUUGGCUCUCAUAUUCUCCUGUGGGUUGUUUGUGAAGAUAGAAUGAUGCUGACAGUACAAGAAGAUAAAUAAUGUGACGAAACAUUUGUGUUAAAAUGACUGUGUAUUGAUUAUGAAUGUUUGUGAUAGAUUCUCGCUUCGUAAUACAUAUCCUGUGCAUUCCAAUUUUUCUAAUUUAUUUGGUAAAGUUAUUAUAAAGUGAUAAAAAAUCUGAAACU